UCGUUAGACACUCCUCGGGCGCUAAAAAAUCCCGAGGAAAUGAUCGUUCCAUCUGUCCUCGGAGAGAGUUCCUUGGAAACCGAUGUGAAAGCAUUUCCUCGGGGUGUCCUCGGGGCGUCCUCGGGCCACAGCCAUUUGGCUGCGCUCCCCAAGGCACCUCGCGAGGUCCCUCGGAGUGGGAGUUUCCGAGAAAAUAGGGACGGCGGCGGCAGCCUUCGACGACGGCACAGUUUUGUAGUGUGGUACAACGGUGGUCCAGUCGAGGUGUGGGCGGACAUUACCGGCCGGCGACGUUCGACUUCGGUAGGGACAGUGGCAACGGUAACGAAGAGUGGCGGACGGGGUCCGCGGAGGGCCCCAGGUGACCCGGCCGCUCGCGCGCGCCCGCGGGAAACGGACAGGCCUCCAACGGGCGGCCAUUUCGAAAUUCGUCGGGCUGUACGUCCGUCGCCGACAGCAGAGGUCUGCAAUGUAAACCGGCGGAGGGCGUCAUCAGCCAUCACUUGGCGUCUGCUGUUUGUCGUUGUCAGGUUGGCCCUUACGUUGCGGUUGCCUUACAUGGCCGACGUGUUUCGCAAGCUGCCGCUGCUCCUCCUCGUCGUGAUUCUGCUUGUCGUUGCGGUCUUUGUUCACGUGUGCAUAUUGGGGAGGUUGCCUUCACGUAGUCGCAGGAAAGUAGGGGCGAGGACGAGCGUUGCCAUGGACGGGAGGCGGCCGACUCAGAGGAUGUUGUUCGGCCCUUAUCCAACCGACCGGGCUCCGAUCUGUGUCAGUGCAGACAGAAGGGCGGCAGGUCCGUCACCGUACGAAGGACUGCCGCCUCACUUGCAAUCGCUGCCUGAUUCGGACGAGGGGGAGGUGGAGGUGGACGAGUCGACGAUAGUUCCGCUAGGUAGCGGGUCUACCCAGGAGUGGACGGGUAGCCAAUUGUAUGAUCGUCGCGGGACGAAGUACGGGCAGUCGUUCACUUCCCUCCUUCACGACGGCGCGGAGGAGGAGGAUUGCCUCCUCCCUGUCGAUCUCACAUUUGACCUCCGGAGCGGGAACCCGUCUUCUGUCACGCGCACUGUGCUCGUGAACCCUUAUCCCGACGACGACGCGGGCCAGGUCACAUUCGGCGGCAGGGGCACAAGGGGCGUAGCGGCGGCAGAGGUGACGUCGGGGAGGACGAUGGCAUGGCCUCGAACACAGGCGACUUCUGGCCCGUCAGUUCCACGCACUGUCGGGCAACGUCCUGAGUGGAUGACCCUCAGUCCUCCUUUGUCCGGGGGGCACGACCGCGUUCGUCGUCCCGUUGAUCGGGCUGUGACUCACGAAGAUUUCCCUUCCGAGGGCGCGCAUGGAGAUGGCAGGCGGGUGUGGAAGGAUGCAAGGCAGGAGUUGCAGCUGCAGCAAGAAGAGUCCAUAACGAAAGGUGUGGAGCGUUUACGAGUGGGCGAGCAGAGUGGGCAAGCACACGUGGCCGCCGGGGGGGGUGACGCGUGGGCAAACGCUGACGAAGUUCAGUGCGACGUAAACGACGACGAUAGCGGCGACGUGUUCCCGUUGCGUGCGCCGAACAUGGGCGGGAGGGGCGGUAGGGGCGACAGGGGCAGCACUUCGACUAGAGCGGUGCGCAGGCGGACGAGAUCGACGACGGCCUCUGCAGAUGCGGAAGGCGAGGGUGGUGGGGAAGGAGGGCAGAAUUUCUGGUCCAUGGAACACAUGGUGGCCCUAAUCAGGGCGAAGCGGGAUCAGGACGCCCAGCUGCAAGCGUCGGGACACAACUUUGCUCGGAUGCGGACGAGGGAGUGGAAAUGGAUGGACGUCCGGGAGAGGUUGCUGAAGGUCGGUGUCGACAGGCCGGCAGACAAAUGCGGGAAAAAAUGGGACAAUCUCAUGCAGCACUUCAAAAAGGUCCACACUUUCAAGCGCAUGUCGGGGAAGGAGGACUUCUUCCAGCUGACGAGUCAGCUGAGGGCAAAGAAAGGAUUCAACUUCAACAUGGAUCGAGCCAUCUUCGAGGAGAUCAAAGGGGCGAAGGAGAGGAGCCACACUAUCAGCCCGACCAAUGUUGCAGACACUGGCGGGGCAGGGGGUGUGCAACUCCCAUCUGCACAGUCGGCGACUCUGGAAUCUGUGGGGGAUGGUGAAGCCGGCGGUGAUGGAAACGACGAAGACGACAGCUCAGCACGGGGUGGCUCACAGACGAGUGGUGGCCCGGCCGGGUUCGGGAAGAGGAAGAAUGUGCAGCGGCAAACAUUCGAGGCGUUGUCGGAGUGCAUGGACAAGCAUGGGGCAUUGAUGGCGUCGACGAUGGAGAGCGCCAGCAGGAGGCAGUGCGAGACGAUGGAGAGCGCGAGCAAGAGACAAUGCUCCAUCCAGAUUUGGCAGUGCGAAGCUAUCGAAGUGGAGGUGGAGAUCCAGAAACAACACUGUUCUGCUUCCACUGAAGUUAGCAAGCUUAUGUGUCAGGCGCUGCUAGAAAUAGCGAAGGCUAUACGAGAACGGUAGACACGUGCGACCGUCGGGGAUCAUUGGUCGGCUAUAGCCGUCACAUCAUUGUGAAUCCGCUAUCGUCGACCGCAGU